AAAUCAUUGGCAGCCUAUAUUAUCCCCUUCCACAUCCUAUUCCCUGCUCAGCUUAUCGCUCUGAAGCUUCGCUAGACACCAGUUUUAGUGGUUUCGUUACCGUUACAGAGACAAGAAACAGUGGUGGAUCACGAUCAAAUUGGUGAGGUCACUCAUGGCUGCAGCGAGUUUGAUCAUGGCGCCCAUCGGGCCGACUCCUAGGAUGCCGGGCCACGCUCCGUGUCGGGCCCGUUGCGUGGUAAGGGGCUCACUUCAGGGCGCUGUCGUCAACAGCCGGACAGAGUGGCUGACAAGCUGUGCGGUGCUCUCCAGCAAGGUCGCGGCACAAGUCCCCCACUCCACCAACGGCUACGUCGCGCCGGCGGCGGCUCCGAGAGGGGCGGUGCUUGACUUAGUCCCCACGAGAGGCAUUAAUGGCAGCGCCAGUAACCUGCCGCAGCCGCUGCGGAUCGCUGACCUGUGCCCGGCACCGGUGCACGGGUCGGAGCUGCGCGUGGCGUACCAGGGCGUGCCCGGCGCGUACAGCGAGAAGGCGGCCGGGAAGGCGUACCCGGGGUGCGACGCCGUCCCCUGCGAUCAAUUCGAGGUGGCGUUCCAGGCAGUGGAGAACUGGAUCACGGACCGCGCCGUGCUCCCCGUGGAGAACUCGCUGGGCGGCAGCAUCCACCGCAACUACGACCUCAUGCUCCGGCACCGGCUCCACAUCGUGGGCGAGGUGCAGCUCCCCGUGCACCACUGCCUGCUGGCACUCCCGGGCGUGCGCAAGGAGGACAUCACCCGCGUCAUCAGCCACCCGCAGGCGCUGGCGCAGUGCGAGCACACCAUCACCCGCAUGGGCCUCAGCGUGGUCCGCGAGGCCUUCGACGACACGGCCGGCGCCGCCGAGCACGUGGCGGCCCACGGGCUCCGCGACACGGCCGCCAUCGCGUCGUCCCGCGCCGCCGAGCUCUACGGCAUGGAGGUGCUGGCGGACGGCAUCCAGGACGACUGCGGCAACAUGACGCGGUUCGUGAUGCUGGCCAGGGAGCCCAUCGUGCCGCGCACGGACCGCCCCUUCAAGACCAGCAUCGUGUUCGCGCACGGCAAGGAAGGCACCUCCGUGCUCUUCAAGGUGCUAUCCGCCUUUGCCUUCCGUGACAUCAGCCUCACCAAGAUCGAGAGUCGGCCGCACCGGCCCAUUCGCCCUGUCGAGGACGCCAACCACGGCACGUCCGCGAAGCAGUUCGAGUACAUGUUUUACGUCGAUUUCCAGGCCUCCCUCGCCGACCCGCGCGUGCAGAACGCGCUCGCCGAGGUCCAGGAGUUCACCUCAUUCUUGCGGGUGCUCGGGAGCUACCCCAUGGACAUGACUCCAAUCACUCAUAAUUGACUGCGCGAGGGAUCCUCCUCCUGUCAUCACGACAUCAUCCGAUUCCUCGUCUGUGCCUUCCUUUCUUCUUUUUUCGUGCCUUCCUCUUCUUGAUUAGAGUCGAGCUGCCGAGGAGAAUCAGUCGAGUAGGGACGCUGGUUAAUUUAUGGUCCUGUUGUCCGACUCCUCCCUCAAUGUCUGGUGUAAUUAAGUAUUCUUCUUUCUCUUGCCAUGAUUCAGGUAAUUGUCUCUUCAAAUGAUUCAGGCAAUUGUGCCAUUUAGUCCAUAUUAAACAUGCAUAUGAGAUUAAGUGAACUAA